AGCCCCCUCGAACUCUUCGCAAAUGGCGAACUGAUCCCCGCCGCUCGCUUCCUCUCUCUCACACUCGACUCCGGCGAGAGCACGGGGGCCAAAGCCGGCAGAGCGCGGCUAGGGCUUCGGCUGCUCCGGCCAUGCGGGUGCUCCCCCUCGCGCUCGCCGCCGCCAUCUUCUCCGGCGUCACCGCCAUCCUCGUCUACCUCUCCGGCCUCUCCUCAUAUGGCGGCGCUAGGGUUUCCGAUGCGGACUUGGCGGCGCUGGGCGCGCUGCAGAGCGGCUUCAGCAAGUGUGUGGAUGCAAAUGGUCUAGGGCUGAAAGCAAUUCCAGGAGAGGAUUACUGUCGAGUUGUAAUACAGUAUCCAAGCGACACAGAUUCUAAGUGGAAAGAUCCAAAAACUGGAGAACCUGAAGGUUUAUCAUUUGAGUUCAAUCUCUGUGAAGCUGUGGCUUCAUGGGAGCAGGUUCGCAAUAGCACAACAAUACUUACAAAGGAGUACAUCGAUGCGUUGCCAAAUGGUUGGGAGGAGUAUGCAUGGCGCAGGAUCAAUAAAGGAAUCCAUCUGAACAAGUGCCAGAACAGGACUCUUUGCAUGGAAAAACUUUCAUUAGUUCUUCCUGAGACACCACCAUAUGUACCUCGGCAAUUUGGUAGAUGUGCUGUAGUUGGAAACUCUGGGGAUCUUCUUAAAACCAAAUUUGGGGAUGAAAUUGAUUCUUAUGAUGUCGUUAUUAGAGAGAACGGUGCACCCAUCCAGAAUUAUACAGAAUAUGUUGGGACAAAGAGUACAUUUCGACUUCUUAACAGAGGAUCUGCAAAGGCUCUAGAUAAAGUUGUUGAGUUAGAUGAAACAAAAAAGGAAGCCCUUAUCGUUAAGACAACAAUACAUGAUAUCAUGAACCAAAUGAUCCGGGAAAUUCCAAUAACCAAUCCAGUAUACCUCAUGCUAGGCACAUCGUUUGGUUCCUCUGCUAAAGGAACUGGGCUUAAGGCUCUUGAAUUCGCUCUGUCUAUGUGUGACAGUGUCGACAUGUAUGGAUUUACAGUUGACCCAGGAUACAAGGAAUGGACCAGGUACUUUUCGGAGUCCAGAAAGGGACACACUCCAUUACAUGGGAGAGCAUAUUAUCAAAUGAUGGAAUGUCUUGGUCUUGUAAAAAUCCACUCACCUAUGCGAGGUGAUCCUGGCAGAGUAGUAAAGUGGGCUCCAACCAAGGACACCAUUGAAGCUGCUAGGGUUGCUUCUGAGAAACUGUUGAAGAGACCUGGGGCUGGAAGCGAGGGCCCUUUGAGCUCUUGCACCAUGAUAAAGAAGCGCGAGAAAGGGAAGACACCAAAAAGAUCUGUUGUCCGCCAUGCUGCCUUGAAGCAUCUGGAGUACAUGAGAGGUGCCACCAGGUACCCUCUGGAGCGGAAUGCUGGGGGUGGUUACCUCUGCAUGAUCAACGAAAGAUAGACAUAUAGCUGCCCAUAUUCUAGGAGUGGCUGAAUUCAUGGUACCAUGAAGCAGAACACUGUACCCCGAUGAAUGAAUCCUACACGGAUAAACUAUUUUGAGGGAACAUUGGUGCUCAUUUUUGUACAGAGCCGGCAGUUGAGAUGAUUUUACGCAUGAGUAGUCACAAUGUGUUGUAACUUACAUUGAAACUACACAAGUGUUGUGUGAUGGAAUGAACAGAUAGCGGGGCAGUUUGCUGCGCAAUGCAUCGGGUCGCCAAAUUUGUCACCUGUAACUAGAAGAAAUCUUAACUAUGUACAUGGAGCCUGUAAUUCGUUUGGCAGUAGACAUGCACUAUUUGAUUGGCAUGAUGGCAUCACAUUCUGGAACUUA